GUGUCAUCAGAGAUCCCUAAAAAGUCAUUGCGCGUCUGCAGGGCCUUCCUGAUGCAGCCGGGGCCGGCGACGGGCGCGAUGCACUGCUUCAUUGUGCGUCACCGCGGCGGCGGCAGAUCGCGGCUCUACCCGCGCUACAGCCUCUUCCUGGACGUGGGCCACAAGUUUCUGGCGGCCGCGCGCAAGCGCAAGAAGUCCAAAGCAUCCAUGUACGUGCUCUCCCUUGACGAGAAGGAUUUGCUGCGGGGCAGCAGCAGCAUGUGCGGCAAGGUCCGCUCCAACUUUGUGGGCACGGAGUUCUCGGUAUUUGACUCCUGCCCCCGCGCGCCAAACGGAGCAGGCGCCAAAGGGGAAAAUGACCAGUCCGAGGUUGCGGGCAUCCGCUACGAAACAAACAUCCUCGGCACCAAAGGCCCCCGGCGUAUGACAGCCGUCAUUCCUGCGGUCGCUACCGAAAACAGCCGCCUCUCCCUCAGCAACACACGCCCAUGUGUCGCUGAAUGCAGGCAGAGGAGAGCGGGUGGGGGCAUAGUGGUGCUGCAGAACAAGGCGCCGCGGUGGAACGAGGCGCUGAACGCGUACUGCCUCAACUUCAAGGGGCGCGUGACGCAGGCCUCCGUCAAAAACUUCCAGCUGGCCUCCGCAGCCGACGCCGACACUGUCCUGCUGCAGUUUGGCAAGGUUGGGAAGGACAUGUUCACGCUGGACUACCAGUGGCCGCUGUCGGCAGUGCAGGCGUUUGGCAUAGCUCUGUCUUCCUUUGACAACAAGCUAGCCUGCGAGUGA